AUGGUGAACAUGCCAUUAUCGUACCAAUGGUGUAUGGUGCCAAUGACCGGGGGUUCACUCUGCCGUGUUGCUACACUUGGGUCUUAUACCAAGAAGACCAACCUAUGCUUUUCUACUCCAUUGCUCCUUAAGCGAAAGAUGCCUUCUAUUAAUAGAUCACCACCAUCAUUAUUCGCAUCGCCUUCAAAAGCUAAUUCACAUCCGUUGAUGAUGAUACCACCGGAUGAGGAGGAAGAUGGUAGGAGUCUGUGCCGUUUCUAUGACUAUGUAAAUGAAAAUGUUAUAAAUACCAAUAUUAAGAUCCCUGAAGAGGUUAAUCAUGCAAUAUGCAUUGGGUCAUCUCAUGGUUGGUUGGCUUAUAUCUCCCGCCUUGACUGCUCCGUUUUUCUUUGGAGUCCCUUCACGACCUCUCCACUCAUCUCCCUUCCUCCCAUUCAUACACUACCAUCCAUAACAGUUAUACCUCGUGAAGAUGUGGAUGAAGAUGAAAUAUUGAAGAGAUAUGAGGGUGACGCUUUGUGUCACAAAUGGAAAAGUGCAUAUGAAUCUGAUGAUGAUUCUUCCCCCGAUUUUGGGUUUAAAGUAGAAUGGGAUUAUCCUGAUCAAAGCCAAAGUUUCUAUACCAGGUCAGCAAAUCGUUUGAUUCUAUAUCUUAUACGCAAGAUUGUUUUGUCAUCAGUUCCUACAAGUGAUGAUUGCAUCGUAGUGGCUGUACCUGGUCUUAGCAUUCAUCGCAGUAUUGCUUUUUGUAAACCUGGGGAUAAGUCAUGGACCUUUGUAGAACCGCCACUUAAGAAAAAUUUUGACAUUGUAGAUGUCAUACAUUUCAAUGACCAAUUGUUCUACGCCAUUACCUCUUGUGGAGUUACUUUAUACGCUUAUGACCUUGCUGAUCUUUCUUCUCCAAAGAGUUACCUUAUCAAAACUUGUUUCGCACAUAAACACUUAUCCUCACUUGAAAAGUACACGAGGAUAUCUUGCGGAGAAAGAUAUUAUUUGGUCGAAUCAUCAGGUGAGCUUUUGUGGGUUUGUAGGUUUUUUUCUAAUGAGAUGAAUAGCGAUGGCGAAAUUAUAGUCAACUCUGAUAUUAUUGAAUCUCCAGACCAGACAACCAUGUUUGACGUUUAUAGGCUAGAUUUCUGUCGGAAUAGAUGGGAACCUAUUAGAUGCAUAGGUGACCAAGUUUUGUUUGUAGGUACUAACCAAUCUCUCUGUCUCUCAGCUCAGAGCUUUCCUAAUUUGAAAGCAAAUUGCAUAUACUUCACGGAUGAUUCUUGUGAAAUACAUAAGAAAUAUCCUCUUUUUGGGUGCGAGGGUUAUGUGGGCAAUGAUUAUGGGCACUACGAGCUAAGUGGGGGAUACGUUUUUGGAGAAUUGUGCAGAUUUGGUGAUGGCAGGAUUUUACCACCACCUUUUUGGGUUAUGCGCCAUUUUCAUUAA